GCGAGGAGCUGUCCUCUCAGCACCAUGGGACACACAGCAAACCAGUAUGACUCUUGUCAAAUGACCUUUGAACGCGGUUCUAACAUCUUUUUUUUGCCAUCUCUGGAGAUUUUGAACUAUGCAAACUUGUAAGAAGCUGUCCACAUCGCUUUUGCGUGACUUGAGAGAACAUACAUUUCUACUGGAUCCUUUUCCAAGUCUACGGAUUUAGGCACAACUACAGCUUUAACAUGACUUUCACAUCUUGGAAGUUUGUGUCAUAUACUGUUGCAUUCAGUUUUCUUGUCAUGUUUUUGGACAGAAGGACAGGUGCAGCACUGGAAGGUUCUGCUGUGGGACAUCUAGAUCUGCCUUAUAGUCAGGAGACUGUGGUGUUUCCACACAUCGUCCGUGUUUCUGAUGUGGAGCCGUCACACACAGGCCACACAGUUGUCUCUCGCCGGAGAAGGAACAUCCUUUUCCCAAGUGGAGUCAAACUGUGUGCGCAGGAGACUCCAGAGCAGGUUGUGUCAAACCAUCUGAGCUACUUUCAUCUGAGAGUCUGCCAGGAGACCAUAUGGGAGGCUUUCAAGAUCUUCUGGGACCGACUCCCAGAGCAAGACGAGUACCAAAGCUGGAUGAGCCAGUGUCAGGAGGGCGCUGUCGCAGCACAAGAUAUUGGCAGCUACUUCAGCCAGUCAGAGGAGCACCAGGCUCUGGUUAAAAAAAGAAUAUCGAUGCCAGGUUUGAAGAGUGAGACCACCAGGUCCUGGCAGAACAUAUGCAGCUCUACAACAUCAGGCACACCAGAAGCUGCUGAGGUUCCUAAACUAGAGGAUGUCGCUAAGGGAGAAGAAGGGGAGGAAGCUGUGACUAUUGUCCCAGAGGUGGAGGAGAGCACACUGGACAAUGACAUUGUUGUGCAGUUUCCCUCACCUGCUGCGUUGGAGCAGGUGGUGGAGCUCAGCAUCCUCCUGACAGGAGAGCUCUACAGCGAUGACCUACAUGAUCCAGUCAGCCUCCACUUCCAAACACUCAGCAGACAACUCACUGAAAAAAUUGAGGCUUCACUGGAGAAGCUUCCUGGAUUUAGAAGUGUGUCUGUGCUGUACUUCAGGCCACAGAAGGAAACCCAAGGGCUGGAUGGUGUGGUAGUGGACUACGCUGUCACAGUGGUGGUGGAUGCAGCAGGGGUGAGCACUGAGCAGCUGGACUAUCUGACCCUGCAGUCGAACCGUGUUGAGAACUCAUACCAUGAGGUCAAAGAGCUCCCCACCGUGGUUUACACAGUCAGUGAGGUCAAAAACCUGGACACUGAAGCCCUGGAGAGUGUGUCUGAAAUCUCAGAGUCUGUCAGUGCUGCAGACAUAACCAUGGUGGCUAGUGAUACAGGUGUUGGUGAGCCAUCUGAGGUCACAGUCCUGGAAGAUGACGUCCUGUCUGGAACUAUUUCAGAGGUGACACCAGGAAAUUACAUCACUGUUCUGGAUGAGAACACUAUUGUGUCUGCUCCUCCUGUCCUGAUCUCCAGUGCACCAGAAGCAGAUAGCAUUCAGGAGGAAGGUCUGUUGCUGGAGGACACUGUGCAGAUGCCAGCUGUAGAGAACCCCCCACCUCUACAGGAGCUCCCUACUCAACUUCCCUCCACUGUGCUGGUGGAAGACGUCACAUUGCCUGUGCUGUCAGUGGACACUGAGGCCUCCGGAGAGCUGGAGGAACUGCUGGUGCCAACUACAGCCACAGAAGAAGAUGUGGAUGUGUCUCUUAAGGAGACUGUUGCAGAGGACAUACUGAUAACAGAGGAUGUUGCUGUAGCCGGAGAUGCCAUGUCUGAAGCUGAUUUAAAGACAGUAGUAAAAGAGCCUACUUCCACACUGGUCAAUCUGGAAGACCUUCUUGCUUCUGUUUUUGUAAAUGAGGUUCCAGAGGAGCAAGAGAGAUCCACAACUACCUCUGAAACCAAAGAAGAAGGCUUGCCUGCUUUAGUUCCGCCUCCUGAGGCUGCAGAUGUAUUGAGUGAAAUAUUAGAACCAGAGUCUACAGAAACUGGUCUGUAUCCUGUUGAUGAAGACCCUGAAGAUGUAGCCAAAAAUGUGGUGUUUGGUGAUUCUGAACCAUCUGAGACUGGGGAAGAAUCUGAAUUUACAACAACAAAGGGUCAAGAAGUGAUGGAAGACCCAGAAACACCUGAAGCCCCAGUUGUGAAGAAAGAGACCUUGGGGGCUCCUACGAUCUUAAUAGAAGAUCUUACAGAAGAUGAAGUCUUACAAGUGAACAAGGGUGAAUCAGAACCACCAGUGACAUAUUCUUUGAGCCCCGCCCAACCAACUGGCCUGUCCCCAGAGAGGGAGUCGCCCUUCACACAUAUCUCUGAUGUUGGCCCUGCUUCUGAGGGGCAACCUUCACUGGUGGAGGUCCAGACCAUUGAAGGCUUGGAUGAUGUCACCAAUGGAGAGCAAGGCUAUGAUGUGGUUCAUUAUGGUUACGGUUUGAUUAACCACACAGAGGAGGGCAGCACUGGGUUUCCAUUUGGCGUGGCACACGGCACUGACCAGGCCAGUAUCGCCAUGCCUGCGAAUCCUGGACGAGCACUGAUGGUGUUCUUCAGUCUGAGGGUGACCAACAUGGUCUUCUCUGAUGAUCUCUUCAACAAGAGCUCCCCAGAGUACAAAGCUUUGGAACAACGUUUUUUAGAGCUGCUUGUGCCCUACCUGCAGUCCAACCUGACUCACUUUGAGAAUCUGGAGAUCCUGAACUUCAGGAAUGGAAGCAUUGUGGUGAACAGUCGGAUGAAGUUUGGGAAACCUGUGGCUCGUGGUGUCACCACUACAGUCUAUUUGAUCCUGGAAGACUUCUGCAACACCGCCUACCAGACCAUGAACCUGGCCAUCGAUAAAUACUCUCUGGAUGUUGAGUCAGGUGACCAGGCUGAUCCCUGUAAGUUCCAGGCGUGUAAUGAGUAUGCAGAGUGUAAGGUAAACAAGUGGUCGGGGGAGGCGGAGUGUGUCUGUAAUGCUGGCUACUUCAGCGUGGAUGGGCUGCCCUGUCAGAGUAUCUGUGAGCUGGAGACUGACUUCUGCCUCAAUGACGGCAAAUGUGACAUCAUCCCUGGCCAGGGAGCCAUCUGCAGGUGCCGCGUCGGAGAGAACUGGUGGUACAGAGGAGAACACUGUGAGGAGUAUGUAUCUGAGCCACUGGUGGUUGGCAUAGCAGUCGCCUCUGUAGCUGGCUUCCUGUUGGUGGCGUCUGGUGUGAUCUUUUUCCUGGCCAGGACAUUACGGGAUCAGUAUGACAAAGAUGAGACGGAGGACCCCAUAAGGGAAGCAGAGAGUCUCCCGUCUCUGGAGAGGGCAACCAAGUACAAUCCGAUGUAUGAGAGUGAGGUCACCACAGGCUACAGCCACUACUACCGCCGCUAUCCUGAGUUUCCACACUACAGCAGUGCCAGCGCUGAGGCCUCCACAGACUUCAGCAGUGAGGAGAUACGACACAUCUAUGAAAACAGUGAACUGACCAAGGAGGAAAUCCAAGACAGGAUACGCAUCAUUGAGCUCUACGCGAAGGACCGGCAGUUUGCAGACUUUGUACGGCAGCAUCAAGUUGUCUUGGAUACCUGCAGAGAGAACUCCUCGGCACAAAGUUGAACCUCUGCUGUGAACAAGAAAAUGCCUCUGGGCUCAUAAAAAAGUGAAGUUCCCUGAGACUACUGUUUCUAAGGGACCGUCAUUCAGUACACUAUUAUUUUCCUAAUAAAGGGCCUGCAUGAUCUCUGUC